CGCCGGACCCACUCACUCUCCGUCCUCCUCCACUCCUCCCCGCUCCGCCGGCGAAACACCAAGCCGUGCCAUGCCGCCGAUGUGGUCUCCGCCAUCGCCUCCCCCGUCUCCCCUCCAGCUGCGGCGGCCGCCACCUUCCCCAUCUCCGUUCCCCUACCGUCCCCGUCGUCCUCUCCGUAACCGGCUCAGCCCCGUCGCCGCCUCGCAGGACCCGCUCACCGCCCUCACUCGCCUCCUCUGGGGCCGCGCGCUGCCUCCUUCCCAGCUCGUCCUCGCCGUCCGCCAUGGCUGGACCUCCGCGUGGGGCCUCCUCAUGCGGCAGCUCGCCCCCUCCGACCCGGCCACCGGCGCCUUCACCCGCACGCCGUCCCGCUUCCCCACCGUCGUGGGGACCCCUAGCCCGCGCCUCCACCUCUACGUCGGCCUCCCCUGCCCCUGGGCUCACCGCGCCCUCCUCGUCCGCGCGCUGCUCGGCCUCGAGCACCGCCUCCCGCUCUCCGUCGCCUUCCCGGGGGACGACGGCGCAUGGUCCUUCACCCCGGACAGCCCCGACGCGCUCUACGGCAAGCGCAAGCUCCGCGAGGUGUACGCCGCGCGCCGCGGCGGGUUCGAGGGGAGGGCGUCGGUGCCCAUGCUGUGGGACGCGGAGCGGCGCGAGGUGGUGUGCAACGAGAGCAUCGAGAUCGCCAAGUUCCUCUGCGGCCUCGCCGACGCCGACGCCGCCGGUGGCCUCGACCUCUGGCCGCCGGAGCUCCGCCAAGACAUCGACCGCUGGUACUCCUUCAUCUACCCCAGCGUCAACAAUGGCGUCUACAGGUGUGGGUUCGCGCAGAGCCAGGAGGCGUACGACGCCGCCGCCGGCGAGCUGUUCGAGGCGCUGGACCGGCUGGAGGAUCACCUGUCGGGGUCUCGCUACCUCUGCGGCGACAGGCUGACGCUCGCCGACGUGUGCCUGUUCACGACGCUGAUACGGUUCGACCUCGUCUACAGCUCGCUGUUCCGGUGCACGCGGCGGAAGCUGGUGGAGUACCCGAGCCUCCACGCCUACACGCGCGACAUCUACCAGAUGCCCAAGGUGGCCGCCACCUGCGACAUGGCCGCCAUCAUGGACGGCUACUUCGGCGCCCUCUUCCCCCUCAACCCCGGCGGCAUCCAGCCCCUCGUGCCGGCGAGCUGCGACCGGGAGGCGCUCCUGGAGCCACAUGGCCGGGAGGCGCUGUCUUCUGCUGCUGCUGGUAGUGGCAGUAAGCAGCUCGAAGCAACGAGUGCUUCCAACUAGUGGCAAUAGUUCUGCAACAUUUCUCUAGUUUGUGGACAUGAAAACUUUUGUAAAUCAACUAAAGCUGCAGCCACUGCUGCAUGACAUGAGGAUCACAAAAAAACAUGUAUGUAUAUAUUGAUUUGUUGGGGGACAUGAAAGGAGGAAGCUGAUCACCAUUGUUCACCUUGGAA